CUCAAUGCUCGCACGGGCCAAUGGUUCAUGGGCUGAUCGAAGGGAUCAAAUGUUCUACAGCGGCUCCACUGUGUUCUCUACGCUCGGAGACCCGCCGAGAGCAUAGCCAGAAGGCUGUCUGCAUAUAUCCACCUGCAAGCAUGACUGAUGAGACGCCUUGUGGCCUCCAGCUGAUUCACUUGGGCUCGAUGAGGAGCACGUUGGACCGCAGCGUGUUGAUGUCAGCAGCUCUUGAAGCAAAUCCUCAUGAGGCGCAGUCUGGAGCAUGGGCGAUGCAGAGGCAUAUACAACAGCGUGGUGGCGUGUGGGGACUCCAGGGAUGGACAUGUGGAGCUGACAGCAAAGGCAAGCUGUUGUAUUGCUGGUCAUUUGUAAAGAAGAGGGUCUUGGAGAACCCGCAAGCCCCUAAGGCGUUUGCGUUGUCGUUAGCAGGCGAUCCACGGUACGACAAGAGCGACGAACCGGGCUUCUCGCGCCCGCAGGUUCCUCGGAUGCCAUCGGCCGCCCCGUACGACACUAUUGCUUCGCUACCAGGAUGUGAUAGAAUAACAUCCUCAAAGACCAGCGUCUUGGAUGAAAGAGCAACCGUUGAUUACGCAGCUCAAUCAGGCAUCAUGUCCGCGUGCUAGCGUAGCAUAAAAGUAAAAAGUCCGGUUCGACU